UAAUUGCGAGCACCAGAUGGUGUCGUCGUAACCCUUGUUUUUUUGUCUGAUUGCCUCUUACUACGGAACGCCUUCCCGCCAUAGGAGGUAUUCAAGUUUACAGGUCUUAACCAUUAAGUAGGCCUUGCAACAGCCAACGCUAUUUUGAAAGAAGUAGUACUAGCUUCGUGUUUAACAUUCCAGUAUUUUCUAGGAAGAUUUAGCGUAAAACCAUACUCUGAACGCAUCCAGGAAUGUCACACAUUCCAUCCAAAGAUUCUUUACAGUCCAGGACCAAAAAAAAAGUUAAACCAGUAAAAGUUUUUAGUGACGGGAAAAGUGGAACAAUUCUACCGGUUAUUGAAUCACAGAGUACUGGUAAAACAAAAUCUCUGUCAUCGGGUUCGCAGAAACGGCGUUUGUUUUUAGGCAAAUGUUCACAGGUUGAAGCUGUCCACACUGCAAAAUUCAACCGUAAAAUCAGCUCACAGACCAUUAGAAUUGAAAAUGAAACCUCAAGUGUGGAUAUAGUGCAAAGAAUGCAAACUUUUGGUAUACCUACAGCAAGCUAUCAACCAGCAUUGUGUGGCCACAUAGUUGCCACCCCACAAAGUCAACAAACGAUUAACCAACCAAUGUUUCAAACCUCUGUGGCUCUUAUGAAAAACCUUGAGACUUUAAAAAUAUUUGAAAUUGAAACAAGAAAAUUAGUCAAUCUUAAGAUGGAAAAAGAUAUAAGAGUGCAGAAAUCUGUGAAUGCUAAGAUAACAACAGUCUUGGAUCAAACCCGGCCAGUUUUUUCACGGCUCCAACCUAUCUCAUUAAACGUCGAACAGCUUACGAUUCAGGAUGAAUCAAAACUUCAAACCUUAGCAGAGAAGUAUGCUCCACAAAUUCGUUACAAGGAUCCGCGAAUUUGCUUGGAAGAUUUUGUGGAUUGUGUUGUUAUCUCGGGAACUCCAGUUAUUCCAGAAUACUCUUUCCAUGAAUUGUGUUAUCAUUAUCUCAUUGAUCCAUUUAUUGAAACGCAAAUGCUGGGGGAUCAAUUGAUGCCAUACAUUUUUGGUUUCAAUAAUUCAUAGUAUCAGGCAAAAUUGUAACAUACCAAUCUGGCAAUGACUAAUAUAUAUUACGUAUGAA